GCGACUUACCUAAAAAUGUAUUUGCAACACUUACUGUGCCGCUAGCGCGAGAGCUUGAGGCCCGGCUGCACGAUGACGCUGCGGCCGGAUGAGCCACGGUAAAAGGUUGAGUGGAAGCGGGAAGCCAGUGGGGCUUUGCUGCGGUAAGAUCGGGGGCGCUGCCCAGGCUCGUUGGCAGCCAGCCGCUGCGAGCCCGCGCUUAAGGACACCCGUUUUUUAUGUGCCGCGGGGCAAUGGAGGUGUCGAGCGAGGCGAGUUCGGGGCCUUGCGAGUUUUGCCCGAUAUAUUGGUCGCCCUGUUGUUGUGGAUUUAGGAGUGAGGUUUGGCGGAUUGCUGGGAGACUAAUAACUUAAAUCGUACGGAUCCGCUUUGUUUACCUUCGCGAGGACGGAGCGUCGGAAUUAAUCGCCGUUUGCCUCGGGAUUACGUGCGGUCCACUUCCGAUUGGAGGAAUUGUAGGCACAGCCUAAAGAUAAAAGGACACCGGGGGGGAAAUGGACGUGACGCCGGUAGAUGCGAGGUUAAGCCUCGGCGUCGUGGGCAGCGUGUGCUGGUCGAGCAGAGCAGCGGCUGCAAUAGAGCUCGGAGCUCGCGGCGGUGUCUGGCGGAGAAGAAGUGAUUCUGGGCCCGGCAGAUUGGCCAGAGAACUGAAACAUCCCCAAUAUAGACCUCGUCUUCUAAAUGAGAAACGCCGAGUCUGCCAUAUAAUGGCAAAAGGUGCAAACCGAAUGCUGAUAAACCGUCAAUGGACAGGGCUUGGAGAAAACACCAAUCACAAAGCUGCGAUGAGUUCUGUAAGCGAAAGUUUUUCUGAGAAUAACUCCAUUGUUCAUCCUGAAUAUUUUUUCAUCACUGGACUUUCAGGUAUACCAUACAGCACUUAUUACUAUAUUUUCUUAUUUUUCCUUUAUAUUAUUGCUGUAAUUGGGAACUCUGUAGUGCUCUUUAUUAUAGCUGUUGACCAAAACCUGCACAGUCCAAAGUACUUUGGUAUGUUUUACUUGGCCCUGGCUGACUUUGGUGAAACUAAUGCACUGAUUCCAAACAUCAUGAAAAUUUUUGUUUUUGAUUCACAGUACAUCUCCUUCAAUGCUUGUUUGGCCAACAUGUUUUUUGUUCACUUCUUUAGUACUAUGCAGAGCGUCACUCUUGUUGUUCUGGCAUAUGAUCGCUUCAUUGCAAUUUGUUUCCCAUUAAGAUAUCAUGCCAUAGUAAAUAAUACUGUUAUGUCUUUAGUGUUUUUAGUAUUAUGGACAUUUAACGGUUGUCUGGUUGCCCUUGUGGUGUCUUUGAUCAAACGACUUUCAUUCUGUAAAACCAAUAUGAUACCAAGUUAUUAUUGUGAUCAUGGACCAGUGUUUAGGUUGGCAUGUAAUGAUGUUAGCAUUAAUGUUUUCAUGGCAAAACUCUGCACAGCUUUAUACUUUGUAGCACCAUUUCUCAUUAUAGUCCUGUCAUAUCUGGGUAUUUUUCUUUCCUUAAGUAAAAUAACAACUUGGGAAGGACGUUUUAAAGCUCUGAAGACCUGUGUUUAUCACCUGUUGUUAGUGGGAUCCUUUUUUCUACCCAUAAUCUGCAUAUACAUGGUUGCAUUUGUGAUUUAUCUCACACCCAAUGCCAGAAUCAUCAGCACAUCACUGGCAUAUUCUGUUCCACCAAUGCUAAAUCCUAUUAUUUAUGUUUUAAAUACAGCUGAAAUCAAAGAGUUAAUUCGAAAAUACCUUAAAAAGAGAUCAACACAAAUUGAGAGUGUUUCAAACUAACUACAUUGAUUCUAUCUGUUUUCUU